UUCGCUUCUCCCAGAUCUUGCUGCUGUUAUGUUGUUGUUGUCCCCAGACACGCGCAACCUGUGACGGCUGUGCGCUCAUAUAAAAGCUCUUUUAAUCAGUUCCUUUCAAGUCUGGCAUUUAUAUUCAUAAGUCACUGGCAGCAUCUCCAAGUCUGAAAUAGAUGGUAAACAUCUUUUGAAAUGCAGGCAUGUUACUCCACGCCUGGGGGGGCAAACGGCUCCGUUCAUUCCGAGCAAUUUUAGUCCGUGUUUUGCUCAUCAGAUGAAAAACAAAUGAGGGUAAGGGGAGGUGGAGUGGAUUCCUUUCCACUGAGUCAAGCUUUGGACCGAGUUUGGGAUGUGCAUGUGCGGCAAGGGGGCGACGCUGUAUAAAGGCGGCCCCCCCGGUCUCGCCCGGGUGUCGUCCGCAAUGGCCGAGCUGCGGCGAGCGCUCCUUGUGCUCUCCUGCCUGCUGGUGGCGGCGCGGUGCUACCCGCAGACAUGCUACACCAAGGUCCUGGACAUGGCGCAGGAGAUCAUGGUGCAAGCUGCGGGGAUGCGGGAAGCCCCCGAGACGCAACACUGCACUGCGCACCUCCCAGACCUGCACAUUGAUGUUCAUAAUGCUUGCGUUAUGCAAACCGUGAGGACGUACAUGAGCAUGCUGGACAACCUGGACGACAUCUGCGUGCGCAGCAGGAAGGUGCGGGCGUUGCGUGCCAUCUUACGGCGGCUAUAUCUCAUCAUGGUCCACAAGUGUCAUGGGGUAAGAAACGGCCUCAUUAUCCCCAGCCUGGCAAUUGUACCAGAGUGCACGAGGGACACGGGGUAAAGGAA